AAAUGAUCCUUGGGUGACAAUGCAAUUGUUCGUUUGUUUAACCUUGCCAUUUGCGCAAAUAAUCGAAUUCUUCAUUAUUAGUAUGCUGUAUUUCUUUUCUUUUCUUUUUCUUCUUUUCGCCCCUUUUUCCUCCUCUUCUUUUGCCCCUCCGUUUCAACCUUUUCACCGACUCCAGAGGUCUUCAGUUUAACUUGCCGGACCCACUUGUCCUGCAGCACAUACUUAAGAAAACACCCGAAUGAAAAUUUAACUGCACAUUAAUUUUCAGCGUUAUACCCUGGCAUCAUGCAGUCCUAAAACAAGGAAUCUUUGCGUCCUAUGGCGCACACCCACUUACCGCAGUUAGAGCUGUACUACUUGCUGCUCGGAGAAAUUCGGCCAUUUGUUUGUGAGAUGUUACUGUUCGAUAACGUACUAAAGUACUGAUUUUAAGUACAUACGUAUCCCUCCGAUGCAUGGCGGAUAUCUAUAUCCUUGCCAAGCACCUGCAAUUGCUGCGUUGUAACCCCCUUUGGUUGGAUCCGUAGAUCUAUCUGUGGAGUAUUUCUAUACAUGGGGAACGUACAGUCUUAAUUGACACAACGA